AUGACCGCCGCCUUUCGCACAUCCGAGUUCUCGUCUUCAAGCCGUGCCGCUAUGGAUUCCAAUAUUGCAUCCGACAGCGUUGCUUGUUUCCCCAAAACAUUAACGGCCGCCUCUCGCACAUCCGAGUUCUCGUGUUCAAGCCGUGCCGCUAUGAAUUCCAACAUUGCAUCCGACAGCGUUGCUUGUUUCCCCAAAACAUCAACGGCCGCCUCUCGCACAGGCCAGUCCUCGUCUUUAAACCGUGCCGCUAUGGAUUCCAAUAUUGCAUCCGACAGCGUUGCUUGUUUCCCCAAAACAUCAACGGCCGCCUCUCGCACAUCCGAGUUCUCGUGUUCAAGCCGUGCCGCUAUGGAUUCCAACAUUGCAUCCGACAGCGUUGCUUGUUUCCCCAAAACAUUAACGGCCGCCGUUCGCACAUGCCAGUCCUCGUCUUUAAACCGUGCCGCUAUGGAUUCCAACAUUGCAUCCGAUAGCCGUGAAUACCGGUAUCUUAAGCAUUUCAAUAUGGCAACAUCCAAACCGGGCGGUCCUUUGUUCUGA